AUGGGGGACUGGACAACAGUGUCUAAGAUCAUCUCUCUCCCCAGACUCCUCGCUCGACCCAAGCCCACUGAGAUCCCGGUGUCCACACUUCAGGCCGUGGCACCUGAACUUGUUCACACCCAUAUUGAUUACAUUCGCGAUGGACUAGAAUGCCUCGGGCCCGACAUGCUCCGUGUCCUUGCAGGGAUCAAAGCUGAACCUGCUUCCAAUGUCCUCCCGCGGGAACUUUCGAUAAUUGUCAACGAUGUUUCGUCUGACGUGCCCACCCACAUGUUCGCGGUCUUCUCAUCCCGCCAGCCGGCCCCUGCACGCCGUCGUCGCGUCACGUUGUUUCCUGCACACAAUCUCGUUUUUGCUAUCCACUGCGCGAACCUCCCUGUUCUACCCACUCCAACACCAGCAAUCGCAGAGUGCGCAGGCCAGGAGAUCAAAGUGCCAGUGGUUCCUUUGUGCAUCCCUGCCCCUGAGGUCUUCCCUCAGCUCUCCACAUUCCUAUAUACGAAGCGUAUCGACCACCUUCUUGGGUCACUUAUGCCACUACCCACCCCACCCCAGCUCUACCUCGAUGAUCCUACCACUGUCAUGCCUCUUCUCAGACAGUUCGCUCAGAAAAUUGCCGAUACAUUUACGGUGAGCGCUCUGCUGCGUCACAUUACCAAAGUGCACAGCACGUGGCGCAAUACGGUUGCACUGGGCAUCGCCGACGAGCGGCUCUGGUGUGCCCUCGAUACAGCAUGGGAAGUGCUCCUCACGUCCCUCGCAAUUUCCACGGGAAAGCCUCACCUCAUGACAGAGGGCGCAUAA